AUGAUCAAGUACCUCCAGUCCACAGCUGCAUAUGGGCUGAUAGCUGUGCCACUGAGGGAGAUGGUGAGCGUAGGAGUGAGCGUGGCGAAGGACAAAAGCAAAAGGAUGCGGAUCGUGUCGUUGCUGCUAGGACUCCAGAUUCAGUCCUGGUUCCAUCUAGACUCGCUAGAGAACCUUGGACUGCUGAACCGCACAGCAUACAUCUCCAACCACUGCCUUCUCAUCUCACUCGUAGACACAGGUGGGAGACUUAAUCUUUUCAACCAAGGCUACUCGGUGCCACCAGAGACUUAUAGUGCCAUCAAGGCUCCCAAAGGAGAGGUGGCUGUAUACCUCGUCUCAUACAGGCGCUUCAAUGCUCCCUGA